AUGGAACAUAAGAUUUGGCGUGGCUUCUACGAUUUGCAACACACAUGCCUCUCCGGACCAGCAUGGGACUGCCAUGAAGACUGGUCGGGCAUUACGAACCAGAAAGAGCGCAAAAGGCUGCAGAACAGGUUAAACAAACGAGCGUAUUUGGCGCCAAACGUCGCUCCUGGCUUUUUCCCACCCGACGCCGAGGUGCUCAGCUCCGAGGCCGGCCCGCCGUUCGAUUAUAACUCCUUAUGCGAAACCGCUGCAGCCCGGGUCCCAACGAUUCCAGAGCAAUCUGCCCCGCCGAGCUGCGACAUACAGUCUCCAUGCGCCAACCUCCCGGGGCUAACUGAGCUCGACGGCAUCGACGGCUUCGCCGGCGAUUUGAAUGUGCUGGGAUUCCCAUUCGACUGGCUGUUGAGCGAAGUCGUGCGGACGCCGCUGGAUCCCUGCACUCAGAAUGAGCGCCAAACCGGCCAUGACUACGUCCACCACCAUCACCAGCCCCAACCCGCUGUGAGGCUUGGUGCUGCCGCUCAGAUUAGUCACGCCCACGGCUCCGGGGUUGGGGGCUCUGAUACCCCUCCCGCGACAGCUGGCCUCGCGUGUUUGGGGAAUCAGCAUUCCUGCCCCGGGGAGAUGGGCCAUCCUUCUGCGGGGAAGGGGAUGUCUGCAGAUGACGGUUUCUCGGGCUUUGGUUACUCGGCAGAUCACUCAGGGAUAUGA